AUAAAUAGUUCAAUAAAAAACUAAGCGAGCAAUUGAAUGAAUUUCUCACAUCAUAAUUGCUUCUGCCAAAACAACUUCAAGUCAUCUUACGUCUUUUGCUCUUUGGCUAAUUUUAUAGCACAAAUCGUCACUGUGAAUUUUAUCUAAUGCAUCCCAUCUGCGAAUGCAUCAGUUCCCUUCGGAAAAUCAAGCAGAAUAGAACAAUUUCUUGUGAUCUGUCGCGAGUGAUCAAGUGAAAAAUGUCCUCAUCGAAAGCCCUGACCAAAGCCAUGGUCCACUUCUGGCAGAAUAUGAGCCAGAAGGAGGAGGAUCCCAGUAGUGCCAAUCCAAUGCUUUAUGAUCCCAUCCAAGAUGGAAUUGGAACAACACGCAAACUCAUGCAAUUUGUGGCAGCUACAUUAGUGGCUCUUGGUGCUGUUAGUGCUGGAACCGUCUUGGCAUGGACAUCUCCUGUGGUUAAUCAACUCAAAGCCAAUGAUUCAUUCGCUCUGACACCUGAUCAAGAAUCAUGGGUGGGAUCCCUGUUGGCCAUUGGAGCGUUCUUCGGGGCGAUUCCUGCUGGUAUUCUGGCCGAUAUGAUAGGGAGGAAAUACAUUAACAUGGCUCUCGGAGUACCAUUCCUUAUCAGCUGGGGUCUCAUCAUAUCAGCCUCGAACGUUGGAAUGCUCUACGCUGGACGUAUCUUUGCAGGAAUCGCUACUGGUGCAGCAUGUGUUGUAGCGCCCAUGUUUAUCUCCGAAAUCGGUGAGACGUCCAUUCGUGGGGCAUUAGGUUCAUUCUUCCAGCUCUUCCUGACCAUGGGUAUCCUUCUGGUCUAUGCUGCGGGGUCCUUUGUUGACUGGAGAACCCUCAGUGGAAUAUGUGCCAUAGCUCCAGCCCUUUUGAUUGUUGGGAUGUUCUUCAUCCCCGAGAGCCCUGUUCAUUUGGUGAAGAAGGAGCGUAGGAAUGAUGCUGUCCAAGCUCUUAAGUGGUUCUGGGGCAAGCAAUGCAACUCCCGAGCUGCUAUACAACUCAUUCAGAAUGAUGUCGAUGCUGCUGCAGGAAAGGCUUCAAUGAGGGAUUUGUGGAACAUUCCCGCUAAUCGGGCUGGCCUGAUUAUCUGCCUCUGCUUGAUGCUCUUCCAGCAAAUCUCAGGCAUCAACGCUGUGAUCUUCUACACCGAACCGAUAUUCCAGAGCGCUGGCAGUUCCUUUGACGCUUCACUGUGUACCAUCAUCGUUGGAGUUGUCCAGGUGUUCAUGACGUUCGGGUCGACGCUGUUGAUUGACAAAGCCGGUAGGAGGAUCCUUCUGAUGCAGAGCAGCAUCGUCAUGGGUACCUGCCUAACUAUGCUGGGUAUCUACUUUAACUUGAAAGAUGGCGGACACGACGUUUCGGCUAUUGGAUGGUUGCCUUUGAUCUCCCUGGUUCUCUUUAUCGUUAGCUUCUCCCUUGGAUUCGGUCCGAUUCCCUGGAUGAUGAUGGGAGAACUAUUCGGUCCGGAUGUCAAGGGUAUGGCUUCAUCAAUUGCCGUUAUGCUCAACUGGACCCUUGUCUUCAUCGUGACCAAAUGCUUCGGCAUGAUGAACUUAUACUUCGGCAGUGACAUAACUUUCUGGAUAUUUGCGGUUUGCAUGGGCGUAGGAACGGCUUUCGUGGCUCUGAAAGUACCCGAGACCAAGGGCAAGAGCGGUGCUGAGAUUCAGAUGAUCCUCGCAGGAAAACAGAACUAACCACAGUUUUAAUUUUAAGGCAACUUGUUAGCAAUAUUUUCAUGUUUACGCCUGACCACAUUUUUGUUGCUCUGUCCCCAAAAAGUGCAUUUAUCGUAUAAGGUCCUUAAUCAUCAGUGUGAAUGAUCAUUUAACGAGUGUUUACGUGUGAAGCAGCUCUCUGAUUUUCAUUUUAAACCUUUAACUUUGAAACAAGUUUGGGAGGAUUCUACAAAGGACGAAAACGAAUUUAGGAAAAAAAUAUCCGAAAGGUGCUAAAACUGAAUUAAAAAAAAGUAAAUAAAAAGAGAAAGAAAGACAAAACGAGGAAGCGACAAUAAACAAAUCGUUAUGCGGGCGUAUAUUAUUAACUUUAUAAAAAAAAAACAUAUCUCUGUUUGGUCUUCCCCCGGUUUACUCUAUUUUUUUAUGUUUUGUUUUCAAAAGCACAAAUUUAUGCUCUGUUUUAUUUUAGCCCCAUGUUCAUGUAGAUUUCUUAGCAGAUAAUGAAGUUUCAAAACAGCAAAGACAGAUGAAAAAAAAUCCAUAAAAGAGUCACAGACUGCAUUUUAAGUGGUAGGUUAUUUUAUAAGAAAAGAAGAGUGAGACAGGUAGAUGAAGAAAAAAAGAUUUUUCAAAAAUUGAAAAAGGAAUUUUUAUCAAUUUCAUCCAUAUUUUACUUUAUCCGAUUUUUUAAAGCAUAAGUAUCAUGAAAAAAUAUCAUUGUAACUGUCUUUGGUAGAACUUUUACUAUUGUAUGAUUUUUAACUUUCAUAAAAAAGAAAAUUGUUGUCUAUAAUAACUUUAAUUCCCGUGAGAAAGUAACUCUUCAGCUCUGUACAAAAUGUUAUACGAUCAGUCAGUGAAAUUAGAUGUAAAAAUAAUAAUUAUAAAUAUAUUUUAUUAGUAUCAGUAAAAUAAAUAAAUAUUUAGUGAUA